AUGAGGAAAUUGGCAAAGGCAAUAGAGAGGUUUGGAGAGAUAUAUGAGAGGGUGGAAAGCAUGAAGCAGAGGCAGAUGGUGGAGCUGGAGAAACAGAGGAUGCAAUUUGCCAAGGAUUUAGAGGUUCAGAGGAUGCAGUUAUUUAUGGAUACUCAGGUUCAGCUCGAGAAGAUCAAGCAGAGAAUCAUAUGCAUAGAAGUGAAAUACCGGACUCUGGUGUCACAAAAAGCAUCUCUUGCACAUCCCCAACACCCUUUGGCUCAGUCGCCGGCCACUACAAGCACUGCAAGGAACCUCAUUAGUGGAACCAUUAUGCUUUUCUUUUAUUUUAUUCUUCCUUUAGAUCAGUUCUAUAGCUUUCUGUGA